UUUAUUCCCGCACUGUACAUUUCAGUCUAACGACCCUGUGGAUUCAACCGUGACAAUAAUUUUAACGACAUUUGAACAAACUCUUUAUAAGUCAUCGUUUUUAACGUUUGGUGUGUUUUUAUCGGAUCCUGUCUUGUUUUCACCUAACAUUUUUUUCACUUUUUGCUUUAUUCCGGUUGGAUUUACUAAGGGCGUGUUUGGUCGAUCUGUACCGGGAGUUUCAUCUCCUGUACUCGGGGAGGACUCUGAGGAAUGACAGCAACUGGAACAGGACUGCGAUCCGCCUGAAUGGAAACAAUGGAUUAUAAGGAGCUCGGACAUCAUUUCGAGGAGAAGCUGACACUAACAGACAAAACUCUGCCCCUACAGACGAACUCUCAGUCCAUCCAGAAUGGAGACAAAAGUUCAGAAAAAGACCCCCUGAUGUCAGACGACUCAGCCAUCACAGACCUCUCCCCUAAAACAGACUCCAGCCCCAAAACAGAGACCCCCACCAAGACAGACGCCUCCUCCAAGACAGAUGUCAGGCCAUCCACCCCUGGCAGCGGCAGCAGCCCACAGCCCAAGAAAGAUUCAAUGAACUCAGAGCAACGACAGAAACUUGCCAAGGAGCGGAGGGAGGAACGAGCCAGAUAUAUCGAACAGCAAACUCAGCUGCAAGCUGCUAAGAAGGCCCAGUGGCUGGAGAAGGAGGAGAAAGCUCGACGUCUGAGGGAGAGCCAGCUGGAGGAUCGCAGGAGGAAGCUUGAGGAGCAGAGACUGAAGGCCGAAAAACGCCGAGCCCUACUGGAGGAGAAACAGAGACAGAAACUAGAGAAGAACAAGGAGAGAUAUGAAGCAGCCAUCAAGCGGUCGACAAAGAAGACAUGGGCUGAGAUCCGCCAGCAGAGGUGGUCCUGGGCAGGUGGACUCAACCAAACCUCCCGCAGAGAAAGCAGAUGCUCGGCCUCCACGGUCAACUUGCCGAGACAGGUGGACCCUGUCAUUAACAACAGGCUGUCCAAGUCCUCUGCCACGCUCUGGAACUCCCCCAACAGAACCCGCAGCCUGCGUCUGAGCCCCUGGGAGAGCCGCAUCGUGGAGCGGCUCAUGACGCCGACGCUGUCCUUCCUGGCUCGCAGUCGUAGCGCCGCAACUCUCCUGAACAACAGCGACUCUCACUCUCACCACUGCUCCCGUUCAGCCUCUGCCAGCCCACUCAACGCCUGCUCCCACCAUGCACACCAGAACGCCGAGCGCUGGAGGGUCUCCUCGGCGAGCACGCCGGACAUCACUCAGAGACAGCGCCGGAGAAACUCCACCCCGGUGGACAAGAAGAAGAAAGAAAAGAAAGACAAGGAGAGGGAGAAUGAAAAAGAGAAGAACGCUCUCUCAAAAGAUAAAGUGCAGAUGAGGAGACAGACGACAUCUCCAACAACCACCACUCAGAGAUCCAGGCCAGAGACAAGCACCCCAAGGUCCAGGAACAGACCUCCGUCACCAGCCGCUCCUAAAAGUCGUCCGCUGUCCCCUCUGGUGCCCGCUGUGGCCUCCAAAACCCCAACGGGCAAGAAGACUCCUACUCCCUCUGGCACUAAAACCCGACCCAAACGAGCCCAAACGCCUGCCAGAGUACAGCCCCAGACGGUCACUACAGUCGCCGUGGAAACAGGCCAAGAACCCCAGCAGCCUGAUGCAUCAGAGGAGAAAAAGAGCUCUGGUAAUGUUCCUGCCAUCGUGGUCUCCUCUGCUCCUCUCACACCUCCCUCCCUCAGCCCACCUGUUGUAUCGGUGGCCUCUCCAGCUGUGCCAAGUGUAGAGCCUGCCGCCAGCAGCGCCGCUGCUGCUGCUCCUGCUGCAGCCUCCACCAGUAACCCUGCCUCGUCUGCUACGCCAGCAGCCGCGCCUGCCAGCAAACCUUCAGCCGGCACCAAUGACCCAGAGGAGGCCGCUCGAGCCCUGGCAGAGAAACGCCGACAGGCCAGGGAGCAGAGAGAGAGGGAGGAGCAGGAGCGUCUGGAGCAGGAGCAGAGGAACAGGAUCCUUCGGGAGGAAGCAAUGGCUCGCGAGGCAGAAGAGAGGAAGCGCAGAGAGGAGGAGGCUCGAUUCAUGGCUGAGCAGCAGCGUCUGAGAGACGAAGCCCAGCGAGCUCGAGAGGAGAAGGAAGCGCAGGAGAGAGCCAAAGCUGAGCAGGAGGAGAACGACAGGCUGCAGAAACAGAAAGAGGAAGCUGAAGCCAAAGCCCGUGAGGAGGCCGAGCGUCAGCGCCUGGAGAGAGAGAAACACUUCCAGAAAGAGGAGCAGGAGCGUCUGGAGAGGAAGAAGCGCCUCGAGGAGAUCAUGAAGAGGACUCGUAAAAGUGAUGCAGGAGAAAAGAAAGAAGUCAAAGCUCCACAGAUCAACGGUAAAGAGUCAGAGCUUAACAAAGCCGUUAACCUGCAGAGUCCAGACCCGGCUAUCCUCAGCCCAUCACAAAGUGUCUCUGGUCUUGUUGUAAACGGGGUGCAGCCUGCCGCCCACCAGAACGGCGUCUCAGCCAACGGUGACUUCGAGGAGAUCAUCCAGCUGAACAACGGAGGAAACCCGGCUCAGAGUCAGAGCGGGCUAGUCAGCGAGCCGAUCAUCGCCUUCGAGGGCGGAGAGCCCUUCAGGAUGAAAACAGGCCCCAUGAAGCCUCAGCAUGUCGCAGAGGUCCUGUGAGUCCCCACACCUCCAAGGAGAAGCGCCUUAUGUCUCUGCUUGAGCUACGAGAUUCAUGCCACACCACAGCGGCUUAUUAAAAUACGUGUGCCAAAACAAACCAACGAACUGCGCUGACUUCACAUCUACAGUUUAUCUGCAGCAGAGGAUGGAACAGAAGGAGCAACAGAAACACAACAAACUCAUCUGAAACAUACAAAAAAAAGCAACAACAAGUAUUCUCCACCGCGUGUUCUGGUGCAGCAUUUGUUAUUGUCACAUACAGAUUCUAUGGUGCACCUUAAAGAUGACUGACUGUAACAAAGUUUAAAAAAUACAGUAUAAGACCCUGGAAAUACAUAAUAUUUGACAAUGGUUGUUAUUAUUACCGUCAUUAAGACAUUGUUGUUGUUAUCUUAAGUUGAACUGUGUGCGUGUGCGUGUAUGUUUGUUGUCUUGAAUUAUUGAGUUAUUUAACAUGGGGAGCAUUGAAAGGACAGGCCACAGACAGUGUAUGUAAAUGUAUAAAGAGCCUGGCUGCCUCGGCCUCCUGUUACAGGGGAUCUGUGAAAUAAAGCUUUAUGAAAAGGG